UUGGGGCUGCAACUGCAUAAAUUUAAAGGGGGAUUUACUCUAAAAUUUUAGUUUUUGUAAGGUAAGGAUUAAGUCUUACAUUUAACCUGUUUUAUUUCGAUAAACAGUAAGUUUUGUAUAUUCAUUUGUGGAAUUAAGAUUGUUGUGAAGCUGCUGACUAGUGGGGAGGGGGAGACUCCGACAGGUGUGUUGGCUCCAAUUCCCUGCCCACACACCCUGCCCAUGCUGCUGGAUGAGGCCGGGGUCACACUGGUGCCAUACCAGUUGAUGAAGGACAGAGGCUGGGCUGUAGACCUGGAUGAGCUGCAACGAGACUUGAAGACUGCUAAAGGGCGCUGUGUACCCAGAGCCAUUUACAUCAGCAACCCAGGAAACCCCACAGGACAUGUGCAGGACUGGAAAUCAAUAGAAGAAGUGAUUCAGUUUGCAGCAGCUGAAAGACUGUUACUGUUGGUUGAUGAGGCGUACCAGGACAGUGUGUUUGGACCAGAGAAAGAGUUUAUUUCCUAUAAGAGAGUCCUGUUUGGGAUGGAAAAAGAGUACUCAGAGACAGUGGAGUUGAUCUCCUUCCACUCUAUAUCCAGCGCCUGUAUGGGAGAGUGUGGUCUGAGGGCAGGAUACAUGGAACUGGUCAACAUGGACCCAGAGGUGAGGGAUUUUUUUGACACCAUUCUGGACACUGAUAUCAGCACUCCGGUCACAGGACAGCUUGCCUUGGAUCUCAUGGUCAACCCACCAAAGCCUGGAGAUCCUUCCUAUGACACUUACACUCAGGAGAUUCUCAUCAUUCGGGCCACUUUGUCCCAGAAUGCUCAGCUGGCUCAGAAAUUCCUGAAUGAUCUACCUGGGAUGAGCUGUCAGCCAGUGAUGGGGGGAAUCUAUCUUUAUCCCCAUCUGUGUUUACCAUGUGAAAUAACAGAACGGGCCAAGAUAUUGGGAAUAGAGGCAGAUGUUCUGUACGGCCAGGCCUUACUGGAGGCAGAAGGUGUGUUACUAGGAACCGGUUGUCAGUAUGGUGAAACAACUGGCAACCACCACCUGAGGUUAAGUAUCCUUGUUCCCCCUGACACCCUGGAGGACGUCCUGGCUCGCCUCGGUUCCUUUCACCGUCGCCUCAUGGACACAUUUUCUCACUGUGACCGAGGAGUGAAGGACAGAGACACUGGGGAAAAUACUGUGAUGCAACUUGUAGCCCUCUGUGGAGAAGGGCAGAUCUUCAACUAAAGUGUCAAUCUUAGGACAGACUUGUUGAACGUGUAGAAAGCAGUAAAGACUCAGGCAUUUUUGCUCAAAGGGACGCUGAAAUUCUUCAAAUAGAGUACCUUUUCACAUGCUGAUUUUUGACUGGGCUAGGAGAUAGCACACCAAAGUGGCAUGUAGCCUAGAAGCCCAAAAGAUUUCUGUUUGACCUCAGCAAAUUAAAUUAAACUGAGAGAUUUCAAAGUUUCAGCCUGAAGAUUGGAUCAUACUUCAGGGUUUCAUGGUUUUUUUAUCCUC